UCCAACUUCGACGCAGAGGAUGUGAGUGCACUCCUAUUCGCAGAGCCUCUUGAGGAUAUAAGCGUCACUCGCAACAUCACUCAGGCAUCUAUUGAUGCGUGGAUAAAAGAGUGCCAGACUCAUGAGACAGUGGUAGAUUUUGACGAACUGCUCGGAAUUCUCGGGCUUGACGCUGAGUUCAGACAGUUCGUUCAUGACCAUGGCGGACACGUCAAAACUGCUGCUGACGGUAUCCGUGCUGAUGAAGAGCUCCAGCGCAUCGUCCUUGGCACUGGUAGGCGUUAUUCGAAAUACACUUACGAGGAGCUGUUCAGAGGUUUCUAUCAGCAUGUAUGGCAACCAUACGAGGACGAUAGAUACAGCUACGAUAUUGUCGAUGUUAGCCAUUACCCCAUUCUCAACACUGACAUAUCCACUGGACUUGUCAUGGUGAAUAAGUUCGGCGCUUGUGAGAGCGGCAGAGACGACGAACCUACGACCGAUAUACAUGGCGCCUAUAUCCCAAUUGUCUCUGAUGCGACUAUUUCUGCGUCAGGACUCACCAGCGAUGCACUUCGCGACAUUUGUCCUUGUGUGCAUGCGAUGUGGAUCGUGCAACCCACACGCAUCUUCAUCCCUGUGUUCUACGCCAACGGUGGUCAUCUUGACAUACUCGUGUUCACUCGCAACCAACUGCUGCGCACCCGCCUGGGACGGAUGAUGGACUACGCACACGAGUCCCUCCUUUUCACCCACACGCAACCUUCUGAUGACCAGACGAUCCCCAAGGCUGCACAAGAUGGUGGUGUCUUCACUCGGUCAAUUGCCAAUAACCAUUACCCAAGGGGUCAUGAGCUGAGCGUAAUGUCAUCGCUUCAUCGGGAGGAAUCUGGCAUGUUUGGGCCCUUGACAGUCGUCUAUAACUCAGACCCUUAUUCCAGCAAACGAGCUCUAGGUGGCCACCCUGUCGAUGAACCGCCUACGGAGGACUGCUUGAACAUUCCUGGCCUGGUUGACUGCGGCGUAAUCGUUCCUGAGUUCAUGGGAUAUACGCAGAGGUAUGCUGUGUUUAAGAACAUGCUGGAGCCAAUGUACCGCGUUGUGGACAAGAUUAACAGGUGGAGGGCCAUUGUGAGUGGUGCUGCACAGGCUGAGUCGGCGGAAGAGCCUGCCACACCUGCACCCAAUAUUCUGCCCGCCCUCGCUGAACUUCCUGCGCUCGAACCAUCGAGCUCAUUCACCGCAGUGGGAACGCCUCUUGGCUCUGAAACAGGUUCGCCCACACGCGGAAAACUUCCCCAGGUGCAGGACAACCAUUGUCUUUGGGCAAGAGUCAGUUGUCAUCUCCGAUCCAUCCUCAUCACCCAUCGUAUUCAGUUGCUGGACCGUCAUCGUCUCCACUUCGCCACCAUCGGGUACUGCUUUCUAGGAGAGGAACCAUCAUCACCUCCACCCCACUCCGAUCGUAUGCGGUCGGAUACCCUCGUGGAGCCAUUCACAGCUAGUAGAGGCACUACGAAAUCCCGCGGAAAGGAGGUGGCGGAGCCAAUUGAGAGAAUGACUCGCAGAAAGCGCCCUGCCCCACAGCCAGCCGAGCCAUCAACGCACAAGAUGCUUCUCAGGAAGCGCCCUGCUCCCAAGUCCCAGAGACGCCGCUAAUUCAGUUGACUAUUCCAGGUGUGUCACUUUCCAAGUUUUUCAUUUUGUUUGUUUCUAGCCAAAUCACUGCAACAUACUUG